AUUAAAGUACAAGGAUGGGUGAAAUCGAUUCGAAACCAAAAAUCAAUCAGUUUCCUUGAACUGGUAGAUGGAUCAUGUUCUAAUCAUUUACAAAUCAUCUUAAACCCCCACCAAUCCCAUGGAAUCCAAACCGGUUCAUCACUCAAAGUAAUAGGUAAAUUAGUUAAAAGUAAAGGAAUCCAACAAGGAAAAGAACUGAAAUGUGAUGAAAUCGAAGUCGUUGGAAAGUGUUCAGCUGAUCUUUAUCCUUUACAGAAGAAAGAUCAUAGUUUAGGAUUCUUGAGACAACAUUUACAUCUUCGAACUAGAACCGGUUUGAUGAGUUCGGUACUUAGGUUAAGGUCUAGGAUGUCAGAUCAAGCUUCAAGCUAUUUGAAUUCGUUGGAUUUCUUUAAGACUGAUCCACCGAUGAUUUCAUUUAAUGAUUGUGAAGGAGCAGGUGAAGUUUUUAGAAUUCAAACAGAUCAACCUAGUACUCAAGUUUCGAAAAACGUUGAUGAUUUAGAGUUUUUUAAUCAACCGGCUUAUUUAUCGGUUUCUAGUCAAUUAUAUUUAGAAGCCUUUGCACAUGGAUUAGGUCGAGUUUAUACACUUGGACCAUGUUUUAGAGCUGAAAGUUCUCAAACUAAUCGACAUUUAGCUGAGUUUUGGAUGUUAGAAGUGGAAGUUUCGUUUUGUGAAGAAUUAGAAGAGAUGAUGAGAUUAGUUGAAAGGUUAAUUAAAUUUAUUGGUUUAGAAGUUUCGGAUGAAUUAGAAUCGGUUUGGAAAUCACAAGGAUUAGAAAAGAAGAAAUCGGAUAAGAUUAAAGAAGAACUUCAGACAAGAUGCCCUAGGAUUAGUUAUAAAGAAGAAGAAGAUGUAGUUGGAAAUCGAUUGAGUAAAGUAGAGUGGGGUGAUUCAUUAGGUUCUGAACAUGAGAAAUGGUUAGCAGGUGUUUACUUUAAAUCGCCUGUCUUUAUUACCGAUUAUCCAAAAAGAAUCAAACCGUUUUAUAUGUUAAAGAAUUCGGAUCAACAAACUGUGGCUUGUUUUGAUUUGAUCGUACCUGGGAUUGGAGAACUUGUAGGAGGUUCAUUAAGAGAGUUUAAUGAAGAAAGGUUAAGGGAAAAUGUUGAGGAGAAAGGUAUGGAUGGUAUGGAUGGUAAAUUGGAUUGGUAUUUCGAUUUAAGAAGGUUUGGAACUAAUCCUCAUGCUGGGUUUGGGAUUGGUUGGGAUAGAUUGGUUUGUUGGAUUUCUGGAAUUGAAAAUGUUAGAGAAGUGAUUGGGUUUCCUAGAACGAUUGGAAUGAAAAAUGUUUAA